AUGUUACUCUGGUUGGGUUUUGCACUUGGGACCGAAAUCACGCCGCCUCGUGUUAUCUCGGCUGGUUUGAAACCACUCUACCAGUUCUACGCCCCCUGUUCUACCACUCUGGAAUGCCUGACGAUUUCCACCCCCUUGGCCGCCAAGCUGUGGAUGGAGUCGACUCCACAACUUCCCGACAUCGGGGGUAACGUGGAAAGUACAGACGAGGAACGACCGGCGCUCAGGGCAAAGUCCACUAUUUUCCGUACACUAACCUACAUCUACUACUAA